AUGUUUAACGAUCAAAAAGUUUUAGUUGAUAUUUAUAUUCCAAGAAAAUGUUCUGCUACAUCAAGACUUAUACCUGCUAAAGAACAUGGAGCAGUUCAAAUAAAUGUUGGAAUGGUUGAUGAAAAUGGUGUUUAUAAUGGAAAAUCAGAAACAUUCGCAAUUUCUGGCCAUGUCAGGCAAAAAGGAGAAUCAGAUGCUUGCUUGAACAGGCUUUUACAUGAAAAAAAUAUGCUAUCUUUUUCAAAUUAA